AUGUUUGGUGUCAAGUGGAUCUACACCUACGAUCCUGAAGUCCUAAAGGCUGUCUAUGCAACUCAUUUCAAGGAAUUUGGUGUUACGCCAAUUGGAAAUCUUCGGAGAGGACUGACCCCCUUCGCUGAUAAAGGUGCACUACUGAUGUUCAUCAAACUACUACCUGAGAAUGGCGAAACUGUUGAUUUGCAACCUCUGCUUCAGCGCUGGUUCUUGGACAUCGCUACAGAGUUCAUUUUUGGCGAGUCAACGGAAGCUUUAGUAUACCCUGAGCGCGCCAAGAUUGCAAACACCAUGCUUGACGUGCUUGACGGUGGUCGCCUCCGCGCUCAGCUCAACAGACUCAUGUUUCUGCGUGAUUGGACUCCCUGGCUGAAGUCAGUCGAAGAGAUCCACGCCUUUGUCACUCCUCCCAUUCAAGAGACCAUCAAGGAGAAGCACGAGCGUGAAAAGAAAAUUAAAGAGGGCGCAACUAACUUGGAACCCGAGCGAACCGAUCUAUUGUGGACUAUGGUACAGAAUCUGGAAGACGUUGAGGAGCUUAGAUCACAGAUCUGCUUAAUUCUCGUCGCCAACAUUGACACUACCUCUGUGUUCAUUAGCAACUGUGUCUGGUGGCUUGCUCGCUAUCCUGAUGUUUGGGACAAGAUUCGCCAGGAAGUCCACGAACUGGGCGACAUUCCUAUGAACUUUUCGGUUUUACGAAACAUGAAGUAUCUGAACUGCGUCAUGAAUGAGACUAAUGGCAAAGCUCAUCGCAUGAUACCCAACAACGUCUCUCAACUUCGCGGUGCCUUUGAAGAUGUCGUGAUACCGGUGGGCGGCGGUCCAGACGGCAAAUCACCUACUCUCAUUCGCAAGGGCGAUCUUGUUCUCAUCAACAAGACCGUCAUGUACCGUGAUCCUGAGGCCUGGGGUGAGGACUCCAACGAGUUCAAGCCCGAAAGGUUUGACGGAUAUCGAGGCUCUUGGGGCUUCCUACCUUUUGGUGGCGGGCCCAGACGAUGUCCAGCACAGAUGAUGGUUCAGACUGAGGCGGCAUAUAUCCUUGCUCACCUUGCCAAGACUUUCAAACGCAUCGAGCCUCGGGACCCAGAACCUUACGUGCCAGUUAUGAGAAUUGGGCCAUCGAACAAGACUGGUGUCAAGGUGGCUUUAUACAGAUGA